UAAGAACGUAAUCAAUUUUGAGUCAUUUAUGAGUCGUACGGCUAUUGCAAAAUAAUUUUAAAUAGUGAAAUGUUCUAAAUUUUCCCGUUAGAGAACUAAAAUAUUUUUGAUAUCUUCUUAAGUAAAUUAUGGAUGGUAGACUGCAAUACAAUCCCGAAGGUAAAACAAUAUAGUACGCAAGCUAAUUAAGGUCUCACCAUGAAUACCACACCGAUAGCCUUGAACAAGGCAGCGAUGCGCAAGUAUGAGGACUUAGAGGUCCCGUGCGAAUCCAUCCUUGGUACUUACGUAUGGAUCGAUGGAUCGAGCAUCAAUCUCCGCUCCAAAGAUAGGACCUUCGAAUUUGUACCAAAAUCUACAAAAGAUCUGCCCAUUUGGUACUUUGAUGGUAGUAAUACCGGGCAAGCUAAAGAAGAGAAUUCGGAUACGUAUAUAUUCCCUCAAAAUAUAUACCACGACCCGUUCAGACGUGGAAGCCAUAUAAUGGUUCUGUGCGACACAUACCAGCACAAUUAUCAACCAACUUCUACGAAUCAUCGCAAAAACUGCUUAGUACUGUGCGAGAAGGGGGAGGUUGAGGAGCCGUGGUUUGGCUUUAACCAAGAAUUCUUUCUGACGACAACUGAGGGUCGCCCUCUCGGCUGGCCCGCCGGCGGAUUCCCCGCCCCACCUGGGCCCUACUACUGCGCUACAGGGGCAAACAAGAUUGUGGCUAGAGAUCUUAUGGAAGCUUUCUUCAGAUGCUGCCUUUUUGCAGGAAUACAGCUUAAUGGCAUAAAUCCAGGAACGACGCCAUCACAGUGGAAUUUCCAAGUGGGCCCAAGUCCUGGCAUCAGGUCCGCUGAUGACUUGUGGAUGGCGCGCUACAUUCUCUCGCGGUUGGCUGAAGAGUACGGCACAGUGGCCUCCUUCGAGCCGCAGCCGGUCCCCGACUGGCCUGGCAACGGCACCUUUGUCUACUUCUCGUCCAAAGACAUGAGAGAAGACGACGGAAUACUGGUGAUUGAGCGCGCCAUUGAUAAAUUGGCGCGUCGGCACGGAGCCCACAUCAACGAGUACGAUGCGAACAACGGCGGCGACAACGCGAGACGUCUCACCGGCAAGAAUGGGCAACCGCAUAUCAAAGAUUUUACUGCAGGUGUGGCUAACAGGACUUGCGCUGUAAGAAUACCUCGACAAGUGUCCGAAGACAAGAAAGGAUACUUGGAGGACCGUCGCCCCGCGGCUAAUGCCGACCCCUACCGCAUCAUUUCAAUAAUGCUUAGAACAUGCAUAUUCGAUGAGUAAGCUGCAGUUGGCAACGACACUUACUCGGUAUGUGUUGAGUUGGUUUCCUGUUUGGCGCAAUUACAGUUACAGCGUACAUAAAUAUGUACAACUGAUUGAUUAAACGCUUGAAUGUCUUUGUAAACUUUGUGUUUGAAUAAAAUUACGCCUUUA